AUGUCGCAUACGGUCGGGUUGGUCGUUCAGGAGAGGGUGGCUCCAACAGCUUCAACACCCGAAACGGAUGCCAAAGCGCCCCAUCCACGCGGCGUCGAAGCGAUCCAUCGGAGCCGAUAUCCAUUCGCGGCGGAGACCAACCACGACGCGAACGAGUCGCAAUUGGUCGUGAUUGGCUUUUACCCAGCAUUCUCCAGCACCGCCAAGAAAGCCACCGUGGAUCCGGACCUGAAGCUGGCUCCACUAUCGAGGUUAUCACUUAUCCUGUCCGUGAAAUCUUCUCCUUCGCGCCAUUGGGGGCUUGGGACGGUCGCUGGCAAUAAUUCUUCCCCACUGAGUGGCGGUACCAGCCCCAGCGCUGCGAGAUACUUUCAAUCUGUUGUCCUUGGCACAACAGCGCAAGAUGAAUCUAUUUCCGAAAAUACAGUUGGCCACGGUGUCUGGACUUGGUACGGAGGUUGCCCGCGUGAGGCCAAGACAACGCUUCGGCUGUAA